AGGAAUAAGAGGUGGGCGCGGUGGUUCUCGUGUAGUCUGUGCGGGCAACAUUACCACGGCGUCGUUAAGUGCGCGCUGGGGUGGGCGUGCUGGAAGACGUACUUGGGUCGGCCGGAGACGAGCGACUGUCGGAUUGCAGCGAUGAUGGAGCUUGGGAACGGUUUAUCCGAUGCAGGCCACCAUGAGGACGCGUUGUCCGUGAAAGAGGCCGAGCUUUCUAUGCUGCGGCGCAUUGGCGCAUCAGAACACCGCAUGCUCGUCGCGCAGAGCAAUCUUGCGACUACAUAUGAUGCUAUAGGACGGCAUGAAGAUUCAUUGCGGAUGACGCGAGAGGUAUACGCUGGAACCCUGAAGCUUGAGGGCGCAGAACAUGAAAGCACGCUCCUAGAAGCCAACAACUACGCGGCGAUCCUUGCCCAGCUACAGCGCUUCAAAGAAGCCAAGUCACUGCUGCGCCGAACGAUUCCUGUGGCACGACGCGUUCACGGAGAGAGACAUAUACUCACGCUCAGGCUGAGGAAAAUUUACGCGAAGGUGCUCUUCUACGACUCCGGCGCCACGCUCGACGAUGUCCGCGAGGCCGUGACGACGCUCGAGGACAAUGCACGGGUCACUCGGCGCGUGUUCGGCGGCGCGCACCCGGCCACAAGCUCGGUCGAGAGAGACCUGCAAGAUGCGCGAGCAGCCCUCCGCGUCCGCGACCCGGCGCCGUCGGGGAGUGCGUAA